AUGCAAGAGUACCUAGAUCAGCCUGUUGGGUUAACCUUGUUUGAGAUGGAAGCUACCGCCGAGGAACCGAAAUGUUAUUCAAGGUUCGAUUACGAUGAGAAAAUGAUUGAGAAAAUGAUAAGAGCUGAAAUAAAACUGGAAGAGUUUGCUAAAAGAAUGGACCUGAAUGAUGCAGCAGUGAGUGAUUUAAAAACUGAUUUUCGUAAUGAGAUUCAAUUGACGAAAGAAGAUGUCGCGACGGAUUUGAAUGAUUUUAUUCAGAAAUAUGUUUCUAACACGACAGACGGCGGAUGGUCGGAUUGGUCGUCGUGGAAUACGUGUCCUAUUACGUGUGGCGUUUCCAUGGUAACGAGAUCACGGUCAUGUGACAACCCAGCCCCUAGGGUGUUUGGUCGACAGUGCCUCGGAAACGACCAGGAGUGGAAGACCUGUCAGUCUAUGGAGAAGAUCGCGUUUUAUGCUAGCAUUAAGGUCGAUAUUGAUGGAACGACAGCUAACAAGCCCUUCGUGUUUAAUAACGUGAUAACCAAUGUCGGCGGUGGGUAUGAUCCAUCUACAGGAGUGUUCACAGCCCGAACCGACGGAAUUUUUGUAUUUUCCCUGACUGUGAGACAAUGGUCAAGUUCAAGUAAGGGGAAUGAAGGGCAUUUUAGCAUCAAGAAAGGUGAUACCGUUGUAAUGAAAGUGUAUCCCGAUAUGCAUAAUAGGGAUAAUGAGUUUGACUCUGCUUCUGGAACAACCGUGCUGGAAUUAAGAAAGGGGGACACCGUAUAUGUAGUUGCAGAUGAUAGUGGUAAUUACAUUGAGGGAAGUGAAGCAUUAAGCACCUUUUUCUCUGGAUACCUGAUUGGAUAG